GAGAGAGAAAGAAGAGAGAGAAUAGAGAAGAGAGAAGAGAGAAAGAGAAUAGAGAGAGAGAGAGAACGAAGAGAAAACGAAGAAAGAAAAGAAGAGAAAGAAAGAACAAAGAGAAAACGAAAGAAGAAAACAAAGAAAGACGAAGAA